AUGGACGCGUCGAUUAUUGUCUUAUCUGACUCAGAGCCGGCUUCGGAUGUGCCUGAAUGGGUCUCUGGCGAUGAUGUAGCUUCUACAAUUGGCGCAGACAACGAGUCGGUCGGGUUUCGCCGCGAGCGACCCUCACCGGUGUGCCACGAGGCGCAAGUUGCGCGGUGCUCCGCAGCGCUUCGCGGCGAGUCCUCGGCAGACCAGGAGCAUUUGAGGGAAGAUCAUCCUCGGUGGUUGACAGAAUUGUCGAAACGCCUUGAACUCUACUUGAACCUGGACUUUCAGCGACGCGUCGAAGAAGACGAGCUGCCUUCCAGCGACCUCGAAGGUGAGUUUUCGGCUCUUUCGCUCGAUGUGCGCCCGGAAAAAAGUCAAACGGACCAACUCGCUUUGGAACUAGCUCAGUCACGUACACAAUCUGCCAGUAAGACGCAAAAGACGUAUGAGUGGGAAACCGAUCGCUACGAGAUCAACACCGCGUUGCGAGAUCGAAGCUUUUCGUCGCCCACACGCUUGGAGCAUUCGCAAUACACUGAUACCUCUGUUGCCUUUCAACUGGGAAUGUGUGAGCAUGCCUCACAAGAAUCAGUUGCGAAGCGAAAGUAUGCACGAGAACAUUAUGCGAAAGGUUGCGUACAAGAGUGCCUCGCUGGUGUCCGCAAAAUUGGUACCAGGACGCCUGUUUCCGACACCAGCCUUUCCACGAUGUGUCGGUCGGGGAGCAUCGUCAUGCCGCAUACGGCAAUCAGAUGGAAAACUUCACACAUGACCAUGAUCAUCCGCUGCACCGAGCCGACCCAGAAGCUUUAUAAGGAACUCGUGCCUCCGACCGGAUCGCGCCUCUUCAUGGAACCGCUGCCAGUCGAGAUGGAUUCCAGCGUGGUUGCAGUAAUUCAAUGGCAAGCGAAUGCUCUGAAAAGUGCUUCAUCUUCCGCGCAUGGGAGCACAAAACACGCGAUCGUGGAAACCUUGCUUCCUUUCGUGGUGAUCUGCGUAGAAGGCACUGGGUUCUUGGCGCGUGGCGCUGAUCGAACGCACGUACGGACCCUGGUGAAGGCCGUUACGCACAUGUGCGUCGAGGGCACCAAAACAGAGAUACUCAUCAGAUAUACGAAUCCGAGUGAGAGUCUCGCCCGAAGUGUACAACCCCCGAGGAGAGGACGGCAUGCACACCGUCAGGGGACGAGCGCCGCUCCCAGUCGGGGUUGCGGCAUGACACGCCAGUUGGUCGAGAUGCAGUUUGUGAAACUUUCAACCUAUUUCGUUGAAGAGUGCGGCAUUGAUCUUACCUGUGUGACAAGCAUCGACCAUGAACUCGAGUAUAUCUCGGCGCUCUCGGAGGCGCUUUUAGAGUUGCCCCUUGAGCUGGAGCCUCAACCCAAUGGUGCCUUCCGGAUCCAGUACGCUCCUGAAGAUCUGGACUUGCAAGCGGCCGCACGCUCUGACUCGUUGCGGCGUAAGAAGAGUGUCCUCAGGGAGAGACAGCCCUCUGAAACGGAACUGGAAUGCAUGCCGAACAUUGACAAGCGCAUAUUACUGCAGCUCUUCUUGUCUUCGAUUCCAUUCGUCUCUGAGGACACUGCAAACGCCAUUUCAACAGCGUAUCCUUCGCUGGGUGCGCUCUACAGGGCCUAUGAAUCGUGUCCCGAUGACCAAACCAGGCGGGCGUUGCUUGCGAAGAUUCCUGUCCAGAGGAGCAUCGGCGCCGGGCGAGUGCGACGGAUUGGCCCGGCACUUUCAGGUCGAAUUUUCGAACUUAUUUGGCGCAAAAGGGGGGAAUCGUUGGUUUCUCUUCGUUGA